AUGGCGGGGAGUGAUAAGAUGUCUACUUAUGCGCCGCAUAUGGCGAAGAACCUCUCUAUGGAGACAAUGGACGUAUCCUCCGCCAAAUGGAUCACACUCAAAAAGAUCCAGUACCUCGACCCCCAGGGAAAACAGCGGGUAUGGGAAUCCGCCGAGCGCCAAACCAGACCAGCCAACAGCGAGACGGACGCAGUCGGCGUGGUCGCGGUGCUCAGGGACCCUGGUGGCAGGAAAGAAACCCCAGACUCAGAGUCAACUCCAGCCUCGGAUUCAGAUACAGGCCCUCGUCUACUCCUGCAGAAACAGUUCCGCCCGGCGCUGGGCAAAGUGACGAUCGAGUCACCCUCGGGCUUGGUCGACGAGGGCGAAACCCCCGCCGAGGCCGCGAUCCGCGAACUGAGAGAAGAGACCGGGUACGUGGGCACCAUCCCCGACGAUACCACCGCCGCGGCGGAAGGGUUCGUCAUGUGGAACGACCCGGGGUUCUGCAAUACCAACACCAAGAUGAUUUUCGUGGACGUCGACUUGUCGGAUCCGCGCAACAGGGAUCCCAAGCCCGAGUUGGAGGAGGGCGAGUUCAUCGAGUCAUUCACCCUGCCGUUGGAUCGGCUGUGGGAGGAGUUGAACAGGCUGGAUCGCGAGGGGUAUGCUAUCGAUGCGAGGGUGGGAGGGUUGGCGCAGGGGAUGGAGAUGGCGAGGCAGUGGAGGGACGCGCUGGGGAAGGAAGGAGAUGGAUCAAAGGGUGGGUGA